AUGUCUCAACCCACACCAUCAUCAUCAUCGUCAUCAGGAAACUGUUCUCUCAACGGACAUGUGCUAAGUAUUCAGAGCCAUGUGGUCCAUGGAUAUGUGGGAAAUCGUUCUGCAGUUUUUCCCUUGCAAUUAUUGGGAUUUGAAGUCGAUUUUAUUAACUCGGUACAAUUUUCCAAUCAUACAGGAUAUCGGAAUGGAUGGAAAGGACAAACCUUGAGUGGGGAUGAACUUGCUCUAUUAUUUGAAGGAUUGCAAAUGAAUAAUUUAGAAGGAUCUUACACUCAUCUUUUGACAGGAUAUAUCGGAAGUGAAUCCUUUUUACAAAAUAUUUUACAUAUCCAUGACAAAUUGAUAGAGAGAAAUCCAAAUUUAAUUUAUGUUUGUGACCCAGUUCUUGGAGAUGCCGGCAAACUGUAUGUUCCUGAAAAGCUCAUCCAAAUCUACCGAGAGAAAGUGUUGAACCGUGCAACUGUAAUAACACCAAAUCAAUUUGAGGCAGAGACAUUGAGUGGAAAGAAAAUUAAAAACGAACAAGAUGCACUUGAUGUUAUUGAUUUAUUCCACAAGGAGCCAUAUAACAUUCCUGUGGUUGUUCUAACAAGUGCUGAAUUUGAAGGUGAUAAAGAGAAUUUGACUUUAUAUGCAAGCAACAAGAAAACCCAAAAGAAAUACAGGAUCAAGUUCAAGAGAUUGCCAGGAACAUUCACUGGAACAGGAGAUGUGAAAACACUUGCUGGAAUUCAGGCUGUGCUCGAAAAAACUCCAACUGGUGAGGAAUUGAGGCUUAUUGAGUCAAGAUUUGUUCUUAUGGAUCCACCAAUCAAAUAUAAGGCAGAACAAAUUUAA